GUUAUUGUUAUUUUUUUGAUUGAAAAACAGAAUAGUGUUUUCUAUGUACAUACUUCGGAUAUUUUGAUUUUAAAAAUACUUUUGCAUUUUAUUUUUUGCAUAAUAAGUAUUUUUUCUUAAAAAUAAAAACACUUAAAAUGUUAAAAUAUGGUCCGCCUAUGUCAGAUUCAGAUGAUAGUGAUUCGGAUGACUUAUAUGAAGGAUUUUCUUUUGGUGACAAGUUAUCUCGGAAGCGGACAGUUUAUCGCCCCGUAAACCCUGAUCAGAAUUUAUAUGAUGCUAUUACCUCAGGAGAUUUAGAAAGAACAAUCAACGAAAUCACUGCCCUAAAUUUCGACUGCAAUGAUUUAAUACUAAAUGAAACCACUCCUUUGCACUUAGCGUGUCGAGUAGCGUGUUUGGACAUUGUAAAAUACCUAAUAGCAAAUAAUGCGAAUGUAAAUCGACAAGUUGAUUCGAUAACACCAUUGAUGGAAGUAUGUCGAUGCAAUAUUAAAAAUUUAAAAGACAUAAGUCAUUUGAUCAAAAUUGUAACUUUAUUAUUAGAAAAAGGGGCUGUUAUUAAUAUAUCUGACAAGUAUGGCAUGACUCCAUUUCUAUUCGCCUGCGAAAGUGGACAUUUAAGUAUUUUACAUGAAUUGUUACCACAUGUUUCUUUGGAAGCACAUAAUAACGAAGGCAAAACCGCUAUUUUUAUAGCUAUUGAAAAUAAUCGAAAAGAAGUAGUUAAAUUUUUAAUUGAAUCAGGUGUGAAUUGUAACAUUGUUGAUAAUAAAGGAUAUACACCAUGUCAAUUCGCACAAAAUUUCGGUUUCGAUGACAUAUUGGAAAUACUUCCAAAAGAAGAAAUUCCAUACAGCAUACCGUCGGCAUUCCUCACUUAUAAUUGUUUACGUGAUCACAUACCACGAAUAUUUUUGAAAUCUGAAGUACCUGAGUAUUUUCAGGAGAUUUAUGCAAUUUUAAGAGAUAUCAAAAUGGAAAGAUUUGCCGAAUAUUUUGCUUUGGCAAAUAUAAAUUUAGCUGAAUUUUUAACAUUAACAGAUAGUCAAAUGAAAGAUAUUGGCAUUUUAUUCCCAUAUCAAAGAAAAAGAAUUCGAAUGGGUUUAUUAUAUUUUCAUUUGCAUCAUUGGUCAAAAAAAUCCAUAGCUAGGGUUAAAAGGAAAGAAAACGACAACUUUUACGAUAUUCUGAUGCUUUCUGCAAAUCACCUUCUUAAUUUGGUUAUUUUGAAUGCAGCAUUAAAAUUCGUAAUUCAAAAUUUGAAAGAACAAUGUUUCGGAAAUGUUUCUCAUUGUGAGGCAUCGAAAAUGAAGGAAUCUCUAAGCCGAUACCAAAAUAUAUUAAAGCAGUUAACGAAAACGACUAAAUAUUUGCACUCAUUCAGUCCUGAUAAACCACCGACAUAUAUUGACUAUGAUGAAUAUCUUUUUAAAAAGCAAAAGUCAAACAAACUCAAAUGUUGUAUAAAAUAUUCUAUUCUCAUAGGUGUUUCAAUUAUAUUAUGUAUUAAAUUUAAACCCUUUUAAUUCUCUUAUAUUAUAUAGCAGCAUAAUAUAAUUUACAAUAUAAUUGAAAGCUUCUCUAUAGAUGUUAAGAAAAGAAAUAUAUACUUUAAUUUUAAUAGUGUGUAAUUACAAAAAUUUUUUGCAUUUCCUGUUAAAUUUUAAAAAUUUA